GAGGGGGUGUUGGAAGGGAGGAGAAACUUUUGGUGGGAAGAAAAAAAAGAGUGUGCUUGCAAUGAGCACGUCAGUCUGAGAGAUAAAAGAAGGCAAAUCUUGAGGACAACGUCUAUCACUGGCAGAGUAAAGAGGAAGUCCUAAUCCAGGGGAACAUACAUUGUCAGAAGCAACCAUGCUCAUUUGGAAUCCCACCAUGCUGUUGCUUAGGCUUCCAGCCCUUCUCAUCUGUCUGAUAGAGAGCUCAUUGGCCUCCGACGGUCCAAUUCAUCUGGUGUUUGAUUUUGAUGAGACUACAACGACACCACCCGACAACAAAUACCCAGAUGUCACCAGAGGUGCUGACGGUUACCAGAUAUGUGAUUACGACCUGUGUGUGGCCCAGGAGGAGAGUUGCCAGGACAUUGCAGCCAAAUUGGGAUGUCUGUGUCCAGGGAUCACACCCCAGACGGAGCCUCCCCUCGCUCCCCAGGUUAAAGGUGUAAGUCCGGCAGAAUCUGGACAGGUCACCGUCCACUGGUGUGCCCCCUUCUCCUUCGUGUCCCAGUAUCGGGUCACUGUAGAGGGCAAGGAGGGCCAAUCUGUGUUUGAGGGGAUGUCCCGCAACGUAACUCUUGCGGGCUUAAAGGUGGGCCAAAGGGUCUGUGUGCAGGCCGUGAACAGCGCAGGCAUGAGCUCACUUUCCGAGGAGUCCUGCUCCACGUACCACAGGCCGGAGAGUCAGGCAAGCACACCCUUGUUGGCGGGAGUCAUUGCCGGGGGUCUAGGAUUCAUUUUGCUCCUCACCGUGAUGGCGCUCAUCCUAUGGAGACGGAAGGCAUGCUGCAAGGGCGGGACAGACAGCCCCCAGGGCCUGAGAAAUCCGUCAUUCAGUACUGACGGGACAUUGUAGCCUGAAUUCUUAGGAACACCAAUUAAUCACCACAUAAAUGUGGAGCGGAUUUUGUAAAUCUGAUGACUCAUAUGAGAGUCAUGGGUAUCACACAGUAAUACCUGCUAAUUGGCAUGUUUCACUUGAGGGUUAAGCUGUGGUUGUUUGGAUGUGUGAAUAUCGUUUUACUGAGGGUACUAAGCUAAACUGAUGUUACUAAUGAUAUGUGCUGGUCUGAAAGUGAGAGCCUGGAGCUCCAUUGUAUUAUGUUUUGGUGUAUAACAGGGUCUAAUUUAAUUAUAGGAUGUUUGUUAUAUUAGUGAUAAGAAAGUAUUAUAUAAAUCAUCCACGUAGAGAGGGAGGAUAUAGCAUGUCAUAUUGACAGAGCAUGGGAGAGCAUGAUCUUAUCUAGAGAUCAGAUACAUGUGAUACCAGAAUUAUAGUAAUGAGUAAUGCAUUUGAAGACUGUAAGAAAGAAUUGAGUUACUAUGUCAUACAUAAGACCAUUUUUGAGAAGUAAGAUAAGAUCAUUUUGGGGCCACGGGUGUGACCUACGACUUUGGUAAUAGUGUUACACAACCACAUUUCAUUUCUUCUCUGUGAUUUUCCGAUUCUAAUUUUAAGCAGUAAAAUCUUGGCAAAACUACACGAUCUAUGAUAAUGCCUAUUCAUUUUGUAAAACAUAGACUACAACAUCUUAGGAAUAGUGCUGCUAUGAAUAUUUGAACAAAUGAUUUCUGUGUCUGAUCAUUUUAAUUUUUCAUGUACAUGUUUUUUUUUAUUGAUGUUUGUCUUCUAAUAAAGAAAAGAAAAACAUGGUGUCACUGAUA